AUGUCUGGUCCGAAAAUUAUGCCCGGUGCCCAAAAAGAGCUUGAUCACUUCUUCGACAUCCCCUGGUGUCGCGAUCAGUUCCUUCAUCCUGAUGCGGUCGCCGUUCCUCGAUUAGAUGAUAAACAAGAUGGCCGUGGUAGCACCGGAAAGCUGUUCAGCGAGACACUCAAUUCACCGUCGACCAUCUAUCAUCGCAUCAAAUGGUUACCUAUUGAGACCUGCAGCGUGUUCUUCGCCUUGGGUGAUGGCGUAUGCGGAUUUGGGGACAUUUGCCACGGCGGUGUUCAAGCAACACUUCUAGACGAUGUCAUGGGCGUUCUCGGCAUCCUCAACGCCCGGCUACAACACGGAAUGAUAACUACAGAAGUCCCUGAAAAAUGGUCGCCCGAGAUAAAUCCUGGGAUGCUCGACCUGGUAGCGAAUAUGAUUGCCACCCAAGGCAUCAAAGUUCAAUAUCUUCGACCACUACGAGUUCCCAAGGUCAUCCAGGUUACCUCAAGUAUGGGGGAGAUAUCAGAUGAUGGAACUUCAUUCUUGGUCCAUGCAGCUAUUAAAGAUGAGGGUGGUAAGGAAUAUGCAAAAGCAAAGGCGCGUUGGGCGGUGUUUCGCUUGAAGGGAAAACUGUAG